AAGGGCAGGACCGCGUACUCGGAGCUGCCUCAAGCAGUUAGCUCUUUAUUUAGACAGAGCAGUUUCUAAAUUUAGUUUAAACACCAAGGAUAGGCUGAUUGAGUUUUGCUACUUUGGUUUCUACAAAGAUCGCAUUUGGAAAUCUACGCCUGAUUCCGGAGGAAACGCAUCUGAGAGCUGAGAGAAGGCUGCCGAGCCCCUCAGAGAAAGUGACGGACGGAGCAGAGCCUUUUCGCCGGGAUUUUUUUUUUUUUUGCAUCAGUUUAGGAUAUGUUAGACUGUUGCUUUGGCCCUGCCUGUUUUUUGUUUCAGGGUAUUUUAACACAAUUGCCUAAAUAAUAUUCCUAAACAUUUAUGUUUGUACUCUUACUUAGAAAUUGCCCAUAAGAAGGAGACGGACCCAUGCGUAACAGCGCUGGAUUUUGGAUUACUGCGUUAAAGAGUCCAGUUUUUCAUUGUUUGGAAGUAUUUUCAAGCGAGAGAAAAUAGCGAGUCGUUCCUCUCACUUUGCUUUCAGAGGCUAAACGCUGAAAACGAGAAGCGCUUCUCGGUGCGCAAUCCUUGCGAGGACGCUCCUGAGCGACUCCGUCGACCUGCGCUCUUAACCUCCACAUUCUAUCGACAGCCGAGUCGAGCAAAUACAACAGAGAAAUAAAAGCGGCGCAGCUUAUUAACUUUGCAUGCUCAAGGUGAGAGUGUGGAAUUUUUAAUUUAUUUCAUACCACUGGAAGACUGGGAUAAACUUAGUCAGCAUUGAAUAUUUGCAGAGGAGCAACAGCAGCUGGAUUUCUUGGAGAAGCGGGAUGAAUCCUUUUUAAUUUGGCCCAAAGAAGAAUGAGGCAGAUUGCUUAGAGGUUGCAUGGAGUUCUAGUCUGCAAUAAAGAAAAAUUUAUGGUUUGUUUGGGGCAUGGUUUCACAGACAGGAGAUGCGGUUGAAUGGCUGUGUGGAUAUGCUGUUUGAAGCUGCAGAGUGACUGCUCUGGACUCUGCUCUGCUCCUGUGUCUACAGUGUCCACCCACCCCCACUUCCACACUUUGCAGGUUGUCCGCAGAACUCCCCCGGCUGUAGUACUGUGCCCACCUCGCCAUGCUGGCCUGUCUGCAGAGGAGGCAGAAUCCUCCACCCCAGCACCCAGUGUGUGCCAGCAAGACCUUGGAGCCGCCGCAAGUCCUUGGACGGAAAUGUGAAGUGGUGGUACAUUCACCAUCCUCACGGUACCCAACAGCAGCAGAACUUGAUGCUUAUGCUCAGAAAACGGCCAACAGCCCACUAUCCAUCAAGAUUUUCCCCACCAACAUCAGGGUCCCCCAGCACAAGCACCUUAACCGGACUGUGAACGGAUAUGACACCACAGGGCAGCGCUAUAGCCCUUACCCCCAUCUCCACACAGGAGGGUACCAGGGUCUCCUUGCUAUAGGCAAGUCCUCAUCCUCAUCAUCUACCUUUGGUCCUUCAAAAGGUGUACUCAAGAACUCAGAAGGCAGACGGACUAAGCUAUCUCCAGCUCACAUAGCUGUGGCCCCGUACCCACCCCCUAUUAGUAGCACUUUAGCUAGCGGUCAUGGCCAAAUGGUAUACCACUCUGGGCCCUCAAAGCCUCCAGAAGGCCCUGGACUUUCCGUGCCCCCAAAUGUCACUGUGGCUGGCUCUGUGAUUCCUGUAACAGGGGGCAGAGGCCUCUCCCUGCCUGCACAGUCUAAUCUCCCCUCCAUCCAGAGUAUCAUCUAUCAGAUCAACCAACAUUGCCAGGCUCAGGCCCUGCAGCAGGUGUGUCAGGGGGCUUCCACUGCACCAACAAAUUCCAGCCCCUCCAAGCAGGUCACAGCAGUCAUGGGGGUUGGUUCAAGCUCCUCAGGUGGAGGCUAUGUCGUAGGAAUGGGUCCCCAGGCUAACAUGGUCUACACUGGAUCAGGCCUGCCUGCUCAAAGUGCAGAGGUAAUGAAGAACGGCAUAUACACAGAGGGUAUGGACUACAUCCUGUGGCAGAAACAGCAACACCAACAACACCAACAACAGCAGCAACAGCAGGCUGUCCUCCGCAUGUACAGUGGAGGCAGCGGAGGAGGUGGCGCCAUCAGCAAGUCUCCCGAAACCUGUGUUCUAGGUGGGGGGAUCAUGGCGGCCCAGGUGUCCUCCUCCUCCUCCAGACCUUACCACCUGACAGCGAGUGCCAGUGGAGGAGGUGGGCUGGACAAAGUCAGCUCUUCUCCUUUGAACUGUGUGGGCAUGCAUGGGAAUUUCUCUGUGGGUCAGUACUUUGCACCGCCCUGGAACAGUGUGCUUGUGACGCCCGACAGUGACUGCUACAACCCACAGGAGCUCCUGGCCACCUCCACGGGAGGGCCAACAACGGGCCACAGAGAAAUGGGCUACCCCCACCACCAUCACCAUUACCACCAUCACCCCGCCAUCGACAGCAGCGGGGGUCUGUGCUGCAGCCUGCCCAGCAAGAGCCUGUGCAACACCUCAGUGCUUAGCAGCAGCCUACAAUCUCUGGAGUAUUUGAUCAACGAUAUCCACCCUCCCUGCAUCAAGGAGCAGAUGCUCGGCAAAGGCUAUGAGACUGUGUCCGUGCCGCGGCUGUUGGACCACCAGCAUGCACACAUCCGCCUUCCUGUUUACAGAUAGAACGGACAGGUGGGAGGGAGAAGAGGAGGCAAUUAAUCAAGAAUUGUGAAUUUAUGAAGAAAAUCAAGAAAAACAGAGAUGUUACGGGACUGUUGUGAGUGCCACUGCUUUAGCGAUCGCGGGAGCUUAGAGAAGAGCAGUUCCUGUGCUGUAUGACCUUAGAUUUGCUGGUUUCAAAGCAGGCUGUUGGGAAUCCCUAACACAAAAGGUAGUAGUUACUGCCAGCGGGAUGAAAAAGGAAUUCCAAGAUUCUCCUGAUGUUCCAAUGUGUGGUUUGCCAAUAGGAUUUUUGGAUUAAUAAUAAUUUUUUUUUCUUUGCUUUGUUGUUUUAUCUUCUUAAACUGUUUUUUGAUGAGAAUCAUAGCUUGACAUGAAGUGCAUAUGCCACUUGUAUCUCCUCUCCAAAUACUAAGGAUGAAGCUACUGUGUAGGUUGUCACUGAAAUGGUCUUAAAGGGCCAGCGCUUAGGGCUGCUUUUAAAACCCAAAACUCAGUAACAGUACACACGUACAGAAAAGUGCUGAAAAAAACGAGAAGAUUACUAGCAGUUCUAGGAUGUUCUUGUAAAAGGAUCACAAGGUUGAAUCUAAAAGGGUAGUACAAUAAUAGUUAUUGUUGCUGUUAUAAUUGAAAAAUUAAUUGCACUGCUUUGAAGUUUGGAAUUGGGUAGUUUGGAUAUGAUAUAUUUAAGAAACUUGAAAAACUUGAACCUAUUUUUUGUUGUUUGAUAUAUUUGUAGGUAUAUUAUAUGUAUUGGCUGCUACAAGGAAAAGUGUCUCAACUGUUUUUAUCUUAUUAUAUUGCUUUCCUCUUUUGUUAUUAUGAUUGAAAAUUUCAUCCUUAAGCUGACGUGCAGUCUCUUAUGUUCUGACAUGAGGCAGAGUUGCUGCUUUGGUUCUGUAAGAACUUAAACGAAGAGCUCUUUUUUUUCCUAACCAACACUGGAACUGACAAUAAAUUUCAAAAUACUUAUUUAAAAGAAGAAAUGUUGCAAAAAAAUACAAGAAAACGAAAUGUUACAACAAAGAAUGUGACUGGGAGGUUAUAGAGAUAACCUAAUAUUUACAGUAGCUUGCAAAAGUGUUCACGUCCCUCAGACAUUUUCACAUUUUUUCACUGUACAACUGCAAAUGUACAUUGUUUUUAGUUGGAUUUAUGUGGAAGACCAACACAAAGUAGCGCGUAACUAUGAACUGGAUGGAAAGGGAUUCAUGGUUUUGUUUUACAAGUAAGAAAAAUAUACCUUUCCUGUCCUUGUAGGAGAAAAGCAUCCCACAUCAUGAAUUUGCCACCACUGUGUUUUACCAGGAGGAUAGUUUGUUCAGGGUGAUGUGCAAUCUCAGUUUUCCUAGCACAUUGCAUGUAGGUCAGAAAGUUAAACUUUGGGCUCUUCUGACCAGAGCACCUUCUUCAACGUUUGCUGUGUCCCCUACAUGGCUUCUGGCAAACUGCAGAUGAAAUUUAUUUCAACAAUGGCUUUCUUCUCAUCCCCCUUACAGAAAGGGUAGAUUUGUGACCAUUAGUUGCCCUUUUAACAGAUUUCCCCACCUGGGCUCUGGAUCUUUAAAGCUCCUCCAGAGCUACCAUGAUCCUCUUGGCUGCAUGUCUUAUUAAUGUUCUUGUUCAGCCUGUUUAUAUGAAUGGCCAUGUCUUGGUAGGUUUUCAGUUGUGUAAUACUCUUUCCAUUUUCAAAUAAUGGAUUGAACAGUUCUCUCUGACAUGUUCAAAACUCAUAAUAUUGUUUUCUCACCUAAAUUCUCUUGUCUCUGACCUGUCUGCUGUGUUCCUAGGUCUUCAUGAUUGUUUACCAGUAUUCUCUAUUAAACCUCGAGGUCUUCACUGAGCAGAUGGAUUUAUACUGAGACUGAAUUAAAGACAGGUGGCCUCUAUUUACUGAUUGGGUGUCUUUUGAAGACUCGAAAAAUAUAUUAUCCCAUUCUGUCAACUUUACAAUUAUACACUAUUUUGUGUUGACCUGUCCCAUAAAAUCCCAAUAGAACACAUUGAUGUUUGUGUUGGUAAGGUGAUAAAUAGUUUAAAAGGUGAAGGGAAUACUUUUGCAAGGCUCUGUUGUAUGCUGAAGUGUGUUUGCGGCAGAGCACAUGUGUGUUUGUACCUUUUCAGUUUGUGUUCUUCAAAAUCCUCAGACUUUUUUAUUUUAUUGUAUCAUUACCCCAUUUUUCCAGCAAGACUGACCGACUGAUUCAGCAGUCCCGCAAACAUUAAGACUGAGUUACGUACAGGAGAAACUUUGCUCCAUUUUAUUGGAGACUUUAGAUUUUCUGCAGUCAGAGUCAUUUGACUCUUUAUAGCUGCACUUACAGCAGCGGUGAAAACAAGUGAAACCGUACUUUGGGGUUACUUUAUUGUUGCAAACCAAUACAAAAUGAAAACAAUCAUGCCCUGUCUUUUGGCGUCAAAAGAAAAAAAGACCAGACUCACUGCGUUUUUUUUUUCAUUACCCAUUUCAGCUUUGGGUGGGGAUGCAUUUAGCCCAGGCCAGUCUUAACUUGAUGAUUCAGAGCAGUGAAAUAUUCAUUAUGACUGUGAGAUUCCCUCGAAUGUACUGCACUUAAAUUACCACAAUAUUUUGUUGCCUUGUGGGACUCAAGCGGGUGAGAAAAUUAUAUCAGUGCAGCGGCUCUCUGGUCUUAAAUUAGCAUUUCUUUUGUCAGUCAAAUUUCAGCAGCAAAUUGAAUUUAUUAACUGGAGAAAAUGAGAGAACAGGGGGCUUUGUUGUGGAGAGAUACUGGCAUCAGUCUAGAUUUAUGAAGUGCAAUUAUAAUGACUGUAUUAACAUUUUUUUCUCUGAGCUUACACCAAAAAAAAUGUAAACUACAGUUGUUGAUACAUUCCCAGUGUACCACAUCCCUAAUCUUUAUCUCUGGUUUCUUUGUUUUGAUUUGUUCUAAGGUGUAAAAUAAAUUUCUUUAAGAAUAUA